CUUGCACAGGUGUACCGGCUCCUCCCCUUCAGUCUUGCACAGGUACUGUACUGGCUCCUCCCCUUCAGUCUUGCACAGGUGUGUACCGGCUCCUCCCUUCAGUCUUGCACAGGUGUACAGGCUCCUCCCUUCAGUCUUGCACAGGUGUACCUGGCUCCUCCCCUUCAGUCUUGCACAGGUGUACCGGCUCCUCCCCUUCAGUCUUGCACAGGUGUACGGCUCCUCCCCUUCAGUCUUGCACAGGUGUACAGGCUCCUCCCCUUCAGUCUUGCACAGGUGUACAGGCUCCUCCCCUUCAGUCUUGCACAGGUGUACAGGCUCCUCCCCUUCAGUCUUGCACAGGUGUACCGACUCCUCCCCUUCAGUCUUGCACAGGUGUACCGGCUCCUCGCCCUCCACUCCCUUCAGUCUUGCACAGGUGUACAGACUCCUCCCCUUCAGUCUUGCACAGGUGUACCGGCUCCUCCCCUUCAGUUUUGCACAGGUUUACUGACUCCUCCCCUCCAGUCUUGCACAGGUGUACCUGCCUCCUCCCCUUCAGUCUUGCACAGGUGUACUGACUCCUCCCCUUCAGUCUUGCACAGUUAUACAGGGUUGUGACUCUCCUGUUCAGGUCUUGCCUCCUUGAUCUGCUUGCA